ACUGGCUCUUACAUGAAGAGGUAUCACUCGAAUACGAUCGAAUAAUAUCGUUUAUUUUUCUAAUAUGCUUAUCUCAUCUCAAUUGCUUACAGUUAUGUGUUGGUUUCGGGUUUGAGAAAUUUUAUUUUAUGUGUGCGCUGAAGUUAUUUGUAAAUAAAACUAAGAAAAUGGAGAUUGGAUAUUUGCAAGAAGUAAAAGCAGUAAUUAAAUCACUUGUGGUUUCGUGCCCCAAUGCAAUUACCAUUGAUGAACUUAAUCGGGACUAUAGGAACAUUGAAGGCCAACGAAUACCUUAUCAUAAGCUUGGUUUCCAAACAUUAGAAUCGUUCCUUUGUUCCAUUCCUGAUACAAUUAAUGUUUACGGAAGUGGGCCCUCUGCUUCAGUCGGUAUUGUUCUGAAUGAAAAAUCUGCUCACAUACACAAGUUAGUACGCGAGCAGAAAAAGACAAGAAAUAAACUAAAGUGCACAAAACAAAAAAAAAUAACCGUAAGGGCUUCUCAUUUUGAUACAUCACAUUCUGCAGGACAGAAAGUACAAAUAAGUUCUAAGAAAGUGAGCAGUGAAACUCUUCCUUCAAGCAACAUUCGGUUCAGUCAUUUUAUACCUCGCUGUGGUCCGCGAAACACGGUAUUAAAGUGUCAAGCACUUGACACUUCCAAGUUUGCAGUAAAAAAAGUUGACCAAAAACCGAUACAAUUUUCUGGAGAAUGCUUUCCUGUUGAUGCGGGAGAAAUCAACAAACCCUUACAAACGCCUGAAACAUUUAUACAAAAGAACAAACCCAUACAUAAAAUGCAUGAAACAUUUCCAGAAUGUGAGGUAAAACAAGAUUUUACUUUGGAAAGAUCUCCAUUACCACAACUCAAGCAAGAUGAAGUUUUAUGGAAAAUCUUUGGUAUGUGUGAAAUACGUAAUGAAGUUGAUCCACAUCCAUUAAAGAAUAGAACUGUACAAAAUGGAAAACAAAAAUUCACAAUUGAAAUUUCAAAUAACAAAAUCGAAAAUGACAAACAUAUAGAUGACAUUGAAGAAGCAGUCCCAGCUUUCGCAGCUAACAACCUAGUAUUCCGAAUGGAUUUUCCGGAAAAUACUAUGACAUUCGGUAAGAAAAUCCCAACUUAUAAAAUAUCGGACCAAAUUAUACGAGGUUCUAUCAUUGGCAUAUUUAUCUCAGAAAUCCACAGCCCUUACAAAUUUUGGUUUCAUAUUUACAAGAAACACCAUGAAUUGGAUGAUCUAAUGCUUCAAAUUGAACGAUUUUAUACAUCACUGGAAACUGAUUCAUUCGGCAUCCCCAGCGUUUGUAUAAGUCCUGGCCAAGUAUGUGCUGCUCUCUAUAAAGGACUAUGGCAUCGGGCAGAAAUCUUAGCUUCAGUUAUUGAGAAUAAAGCAAAGGUCUUCUUUGUAGAUUAUGGCACCGUUUCGAAUGUACCUGUUAGCAAAAUAAAAUUCCUCUUGACCUCCUUCGCAAGAUUACCAAAGCAAGCUAUUCGCGGUUCGUUGUCACAUAUUUGUCCCAAAAAUUAUCACUGGAGCCCGGAAUCAAUCCAAUAUUUUUUGUACCUGUCUUCCGAGUUAAUGCUCUAUGGUCAAGUCUCAGAGAUCGAUGAAAAGAAACGCAUAAUUCACAUGGUUUUAUGUGAUUCGAAUCGAAAUGAAGUUUUACAAAUUAACAAAGAGUUGGUGGAAAGGGGAUUUGCUUUUUACGAUGAACAAUGGUUAAAAUCUGAUAAGGACGAGCUGCGAACACAUCAUCUUCGCGAAGAUUUCCCUACGUUUUCUAUGCUCGAAAUGGGCGAAUAUCCUUCGUUUGCUGAGCUAGUUGAUCUUAUAAAUAAAGGCAUUGACUAUGAAAGAAUCACAGAUCACCAUGUGUUUCAUCCGGGUAGAUUGGAUCUACAAGAAAAUGUGCCUGAUGUAAUUCGUACACUUCCUUUUCAAUUGCUUACAACAAAUCCUUUUAGACAGGAUAUUUAUUUACAGCUGAAAUCUUUGUUAUAAGGAUUUUUAAAACGAUAUUUGUAUGUAUGUAAUUUGCAGUUAUUUAUUGAUUACAACACCUCUGAGGGAUAGUCUUGGCUACCCAAGAUUAUCUGUUAAAUAA